AUUGCCUGUGCCAUAGAUGGUAUCUCCCGCCGUACAGCCGCUGUCAGUGCGCGGCGACGUCUGCCUUCCCCAAGAUGGCGGCGCCGGUCCGUGUGUUGCUGUCAUGCCGCUGGUUGGCAUCCCGGGCUGCCAGGCUGGGCUGCCGGGCUCUGACCUCGGCCUCCUCCUCGGCCGGCGGCGGGCGGUCUCCGUGGCAGCUGCACAGCGCCGUGUGUCUGAAGAGACCGGCUGUGGUGUCUCAGAGCAAGUCUCCCAUCCAGAGAGAAGUGGAGGUCCUUCUGCAGCAGGUAACGUGACCUCUGUGCUCCAGCCACCAGGCUUCAACGCGGCUUCCUGCUGAUGGGCAGCGCACCAAUGGCAUGCCCUGCAGUAUGUGACUAUUACAUGCUGGGUACAUCAUCAUUAAAGGGACACUAUAGGCACCUGAACAACUUUAGCUUAAUGAAGCAGUUUUGGUGUAUAGAUCAUGCCCCUGCAGCCUCACUGCUCAAUUCUCUGCCAUUUAGGAGUUAAAUCCCUUUGUUUAUGCAGCCCCAGCCACACCUCCCUGCAUGUGACUUGCACAGCCUACCUAUACACUUCCUGUAAAGAGCCAUCUAAUGUUUACACUUCCUUUAUUGCAAAUUCUGUUUUGUUUCAUUUAGAAUUUCUUAUCUCCUGCUCUGUUAAUGGCUCGCUAGACCCCGCGGGAUUGGUAUUGCUCUUCAUGUUAUAGAAGCCUGGUCCGUCUUUAAAGGAACACUAUAGUCACCUAAAUUACUUUAGCUAAAUAAAGCAGUUUUAGUGUAUAGAUCAUUCCCUUGCAAUUUCACUGCUCAAUUCACUGUCAUUUAGGAGUUAACCACUUAAGGACGCUGGAUGGAAAUUUUCCGUUAUUGCAGCACUCCCCUUAAGGACGCUGGAUGGAAAAUUUCUGUCCAAAAUGAAAAUUAACUCCUGAUUGCCACAAUCGCGGCAAUCGUGGGGUUAAUCUUCCUGUAGUGUGUCUCCUUAUCGGAGGCACACUACCAUGGGCAGUUUCACUGAUUCAGCCCAUGUGAUCGGUCUGACUGGGCGUCAGAGCUGAUCUUUCUCUCUGCAAGAAAAAAAAAGUGUUAGCAAUAAAAUCCCACCCACCCUCACCUCUUUCAAAUAAAAUUUAACCCCUUCCCUGCCCUUUGAUCACCGCCUGCAGUGAUCAAAAUACAGAUCACAGUAUUUCACUGUGAUCCGAUAUAUAUUUUUUUUAACCCCUAAGGGUUAACUUUUUUUUUUUUAUUAUUAUUUUUUAAUCCUCAGGGGUUAAAUGUAUUUAAUUCUUUUAAAUAUUUUAAAAUAUUUAUUUAGCUAAGGUGUGUAGAGGUUAGUGGGGAAAUUGGGGGAUUUACGGUUAGGCUAGUUAGGGGUUAAAAGUAAAAAAACAACUUUUGAAAAGUUUAAACAAAGUUUUAAAAUAGUAAAAUAAGUUAAAAGCUAAAUAAAACUUUUUAAAAGUUAAAAAAACUUUUAAAAAGUUACAAAAAUGUUUUAAAAAGCGGGAAAAUGCGUAUUAGCUCUACACUUGGUACAGGCUAUCGAAAAAAUGAUACCACGGUAAGGUUUCAGAUAUGCCUUUUGAAACACCCUGGGGUAUCUUCUUUAGAAAAUGGUAUGCCUUUGUGAAGUAAAUGGAAAACACAACCUAUUAAAAAUUUUUCCAAAGUGGGGAAUGGACCCAGCGUAAAAAUUCUAACUUAAAUAUCUGUGUCUCAAAUGUGCCCCUUCAAUUCCUGGUAAAGGUACAUACGGGGGUAUUGCUGUACUCAGAUGACAUAGCGGAGCAACAUAUGAUGUAUUAUACUGCUGUAACACAUAUAAGGUUUGCAAAAUAUAUAUUACAAACUCAUUGAGUAUGUCAAAAAGGCAUAUAAAAAGCGUAUUACCACUACACUUGGUAUAAGCUAGUGGAAAAAUUAUUUCACGCUAAGGUUCAAAAUACGUCUUUUGAAAUACCCUAGGGUGUCUUCUUUAAGAAAUGGUAUGCCUUUAUGGGGAAGCUGGAAUAAUUAACCUACAAACAAACCUCCAAAGUGGGGUAUGGACAGCGUAAAAAUGUAAAGUUUGAAAAAACUUAAAUGGCCGUGUGUCAAAUGUGCCCCUUCAAUGUCCGCAUAUACCUGGCAAAGGUACAUACGGGGGUAUUGCUGUACUCAGACAACAUAGCUGAGCAACCUAUAAAGUAUUAUAAAGCCGUAGCACACAUAAGGUUUGCAAAAUAUACAGUACAAACUCACGGUGUGUGUCAAAAAAAGCUGAAAAAAUGUGUAUUACCACUACACUUGGUACAAGCUAGCGGAAAAAUGAUCCCCCCACUAAGGUUCAAAAUAUGCCUUUUGAAAUACCCUGGGAUGUCUUCUUUAAGAAAUAGUAUGCUUUUAUGGGAUAGUUAGAAUAUAUAGCCUACUAAAAAACUCAAAAGUGGGGUAACAACACAACGUAAAAAUUCAAAGUUUGAAAAAACUUGCAAUGGCUGUGUCUGAAAUGUGCCCCUUCAGCGUCCCCAUAUACCUGGCAAAGGUAUAUACGGGGGUAUUGCUGUACUCAGACAACAUAGCUGAGCAACAUAUAAAGUAUUAUAAAGCCGUAGCACACAUAAGGUUUGCAAAAUAUACAGUACAAAUUCACUGUGUGUCAAAAAGGCAGGAAAAAAAAUGCUUAUUACCACUGCACUUGAUACAAGCUAACGGAAAAAUUAUCCCACGCUAAGGUUCAAAAUUUGCCUUUUGAAAUGCCCUCUGGCGGCGUCUUUAAGAAAUAGUAUGCCUUUUUGGUGUAGUUGGAAAAAGCAACCUGCUUACAUAUUUAAAAAUAGAAUACGGACACAUUAAAACUCUCCAUGUAAAUUCACACUUAAAAACCUGAACUUAUCACAUCUCUUUCACAGCACUGUAACUUCACACAAUAGUGUCUGGGUCAUACAUUGGGCAUAUUGUUUUACUCAGAAGAGGUAACUGAGCAUACUUAGGGGGAAUUUAUGACAGUGGCACUUAUCAAAUGUAAGAAAUACCCAGCGAAAAUGCAACAUACAUGUAAAAGAUUUUAAAUUUUUUUUUUUUUUUUUCUAACCACAAAAUUGGAAAUAAAUUGGUGAAAACAUGGUGGCAAGUUAAGGUAUAAUAAAUGCUUAAUAACAUAGCCUGGAGUGUCUGCUUUCUCAAAUGGAAGGCCUUUAUGGGGUUAUUUGAACAGUCAAAAUCAGACACAUGACCAUCUAUGAAAAUUCCAACUAUAGAAACUGAAAUAGCAUGGUCUCCUAUAUGGCAUUGUAGCUUCACAGAAUAGGGGCAAAGGUAUACAAUGGGGGUAUCGUUGUACUCAGCAGAUGUAGCUGAACACAAUAUGAGGAUAGCACACGCUACGUUUACGAAAUACACAUUACAAAAACCUUAUGUGUGUAUAUGCCAAAAUAGAGAAAAAAACACAAUUUUACUCCAAUAUUUAGCAGAGAUUGGCGGUGAAAUGGCCGCACAAAAAGUGUCAAACCAACCUUAGGUAAAUAGCCUGUGAUGUCUACUUUAUAUAAAUAUAUACUUUUGUGUGGCAAUUUUGUUUCCUGUAAUGGAUGUUAAACUUCCAAGACAAACAUACCAACUUCUAAAAUUGUUUCACAUUUAAAUUUUAUUUUAGACCUUGUAGUUUGUGACCUGUAACUUUCAAAAUAAACUGAAAUCCUACACAUAUUUUGUACUUUGUAAAUCAAGACACAUAAAUGAAUUGAUUUUGAAUUACUUUUCCUAAGCUGGACAUAUUAUGCACACAUUAUUAUUGCCAAAACGUGAGGAAAAAAGGUUUUUUUUCCACAUUAUUUUGCAUUUAUUUUGUAAUAAAUUAGAAUUUGUACAUGUAUAGGUCACAUCAAAUUAAAGCCCUUUUGUUGUCUAAAAAACGGUAUUUAAAGCGGCACUGUCAUGCUGAAUCUCGUUUUUUUUUUUAACCCACCUCCCGCCUCCACUACAUCCAAUUGACCCACUAGUCACCCCCAAAUGCCCCUAUGCCCCCCACAUUACCUAUUUUUUAAUCCUUAUUUUCUGCCCCGAUCUUGAUUCAGGGCGCCGCCAUCUUUGUGUGGGUAGAUGAAGUCCCUGUGGGACACGUCAUCAGCCCACACUAGACAGACUGUGAGAUUCCCGCACAUGCCCAGUGAAACACCUGGACAUGCGAACGGGAAUUUCAUCUAUUCACUCAUUCAUCAGACAGACGAAUGAGUGAAUAGAAAUAUCAGCCGAACAAACAAACACAAUGUAUCAGUGUAUGUUUGUUCGUGCAGCUUAUUACAGGGAGGGAGCUACCGGCGUGCAGCUCCCUCCUUGUAAUAUGUAACGAUAGAAGCGGCAGGGAGCAGUGCUCCCCACCACUUCAUAAGCCCCCCCAGUACCCCCUCUCACUCUAUGGGGGUCAAUAUGACCCCCAUAAUAGCACAAGGGAGAUUAAAAUCUCCCAAAUGCCCCUACUCGCUAUACCGCGAGUAGGGGCAUGUCUACUAAACAGUGAGCAGUGACAUAAAUUACAAUAAGGGGGGGCGGACCUAUUGUCCUCCCCCCCUCCCCCACCCCACCUGAGCGGUGGGUGGGGGCCCUUAUAAAACAAUAGGGGGGGGGACCUACUGUCCUCCCCCCCUGGCCCCCACCCCUGAGUGGUGGGUGGGGGCCCUAAUAAAACAAUAAGGGGGGGGACCUACUGUCCUCCCCCCGGCCCCCACCCCUGAGCGGUGGGUGGGGGCCCUAAAUAAAGAUAUGGGGGGGAACUUCUGGCCCCCACCCCUGCGCGGUGGGUGGGGGCCCUUAUAAAACAAUAAGGGGGGGGACCUACUGUCCUCCCCCCCUGAGCGGUGGGUGGGGGCCCCAGUAAAACAAUAAGGGGGGGGAACCUACUGUCCUCCCCCUGGCCCCCACCCCUGAGCGGUGGGUGGGGUCCCUAAUAAAACAAUAAGGGGGGGGACCUACUGUCCUCCCCCCCGGCCCCCACCCCUGCGCGGUGGGUGGGGGCCCUAAUAAAACAAUAAGGGGGGGGACCUACUGUCCUCCCCCCCCGGCCCCCACCCCUGCGCGGUGGGUGGGGGCCCUAAUAAAACAAUAAGGGGGGGGCCUACUGUCCUCCCCCCCGGCCCCCACCCCUGCGCGGUGGGUGGGGGCCCUAGUAAAACAAUAAGGGGGGGGGACCUACUGUCCUCCCCCCCUGGCCCCCACCCCUGCGCGGUGGGUGGGUGGGGGCCCUAAUAAAACAAUAAGGGGGGGGGACCUACUGUCCUCCCCCCCGGCCCCCACCCCUGCGCGGUGGGUGGGGGCCCUAAUAAAACAAUAAGGGGGGGGACCUACUGUCCUCCCGCCCCCACCCCUGAGCGGUGGGUGGGGGCCCUAAAUGAAACACCCCCCCCCAAUCAAGGUGACUAGGGGUCCCAAGCCCCUAGUCACCAACCCCCCACCCAAAAAAACCUAUCCCCUACCUACCCCCCUCACCCUACAAAUAGUGAGGGGGGGAAUAAAAUAACUAACCUGUAAAAAAAAAAAAAAUAAACUUACCAUUUGACGUCUUCUUUUUUCUAAAAUCUUCUUUCUUCAGCCCCCAAAAAGGCCAAAUAAAAAUCCAUUAUACCCUUCGCACUUUAAAAAAAAACAAAAAAACCCAAAACUUUUUGUAUCCAUGUUCGCCCUUCGAGGGCACGCCGCAGACUGAGCUCCGCAGGGCGGGUCAAGGCUUAUAAAGCCUUGCCCCGCCCUGCAAUUAGGCUUAGAACACUCUGAUUGGUGGGUUUAAGCCAAUCAGAGUGCUCUGAGUCAUUUUACACAGCGUGGGAAAAUUCAAAAGAACUUUCCCAUGCUGUGUAAAAUGACACAGAGCACUGUGAUUGGAUGGCUUUCAAGCCACCCAAUCAGAGUGUUAUGAGUCAUUUUACACAGCGUGGGAAAUUUCUUUUGAAUUUUCCCACGCUGUGUAAAAUGACUCAUAACACUCUGAUUGGCUUAAACCCACCAAUCAGAGUGUUCUAAGCCUAAUUGCAGGGCGGGGCAAGGCUUUAUAAGCCUUGACCCGCCCUGCGGAGCUCAGUAUGCGGCGUGCCCUCGAAGGGCGAACAUGGAUUAAUUUUUUUUUUUUUUUUUAAGUGCGACAGGUAUAAUGGAUUUUUAUUUGGCCUUUUUGGGGGCUGAAGAAAGAAGAUUUUAGAAAAAAGAAGACGUCAAAUGGUAAGUUAAAUUUUUUUUUUACAGGUUAGUUAUUUUAUUCCCCCCUCACUAUUUUUAGGGUGAGGGGGGUAGGUAGGGGGUAGUUUUUUUUGGGUGGGGGGUGACUAGGGGCUUGGGACCCCUAGUCACCUUGAUUGGGGGUGGGUGUUUCAUUUAGGGCAACCACCCACCGCUCAGGGGGGGGAGGACAGUAGGUCCCCCCCCCCUAUUGUUUUAUUAGGGCCCCCACCCACCGCUCAGGGGUGGGGGCCAGGUUUUAGGGCCCCCACGGGCAUGGGGGGAGUGGGGGGGGUUAUUAGUUUUUUGUUUGUUUUUUUACAGUGAGCAGCUAUACGCUGCUCACUGCUUACUACACAUGCCCCUACUCGCGGUAUAGCGAGUAGGGGCAUUUAAUUUACUAAUACUAAGUAAUCUUUACUUAGUAUUAGUAAAGUUGGCUAAAAGACCAAUUUAGGUCUUUCAGCCUUUUAGUAGAUAGCUCCCUGAUACCGUGGGAAUUAGGGAGUUAUCUACUAAGCGGCUGCAAGAUGCAGCCACAGCAAUGAAUAGGAUCAGAGUUUCAUUCAUUAGAAUGAAACUCCGAUCCGAAUAAAAUGCCGAAUUGCGUUCUAAGAGAAACGAACAGACUGUUCUCAUUCAGUUAGAACGCAAUUCGGCAGUUUCAUGUAAAAUGACAGGAAGCAUCGCGGGAACACAGAGGGAAGGUAAGGAUCAUGGGAAAAUUGCUCUGACCAGCGGAAAUGAAGCACACUUUGCUCCUCCGCUGGUCAGAGCUGGUCAAGCAGAGGAAUCCUCCAUAAGGCAAAGAGUCCCUACUUUGUCUUAUGAUUUUAAAGAAAACUAAAGAAGACAGGAAGAAAAGAAUAACAGAUCCUGAGAGAGGGGGAGAAGAGGAAGAGACUGAGGAAAGGUAAGUUCGGCAUGACAGUGCCGCUUUAAUAUGUGUUGGUACAAUAAAUGAGAGAGAUGAAAAUUGCAGUUGAACACAAACAGCAAAAAAUGCAAAAAUUGCUUGUGUCCUUAAGGGUAUGUCCAGCUUCUGAAGCUGUGUCCUUAAGGGGUUAAAUCACUUUGUUUCUGUUUAUGCAGCCCUAGCCACACCUUCCCUGGCUAUGAUUGACAGAGCCUGCAUGAAAAAAAAAAAAACUGGUUUCACUUUCAAACAGAUGUAAUUUACCUUAAAUAAUUGUAUCUCAAUCUCUAAAUUGAACUUUAAUCACAUACAGGAGGCUCUUUCAUGGUCUAGCAAGCUAUUAACAUAGCAGGGGAUAAGAAAAUCUUAAUUAAACAGAACUUGCAAUAAAAGCCUAAAUAGGGCUCUCUUUACAGGAAGUGUUUAUGGAAGGCUGUGCAAGUCACAUGCAGGGAGGUGUGACUAGGGUUCAUAAACAAAGGGAUUUAACUCCUAAAUGCAGAGGAUUAAGCAGUGAGGCUGCAGGGGCAUGUUCUAUACACCAAAACUGCUUCAUUAAGCUAAAGUUGUUCAGGUGACUAUAGUUUCCCUUUAAAAACCUAUGCCAUAGUCAUGAGUUGCCAAAGUUACUUCAAGGCUAAAAAUCUGAGAAUAGCAGCAAUAGCUGUAUGAUGACGGAAGCCGUGGUCUAUCUUUGUAAACAAUGGAAUUACAAAAUAUCCAGUACAUUAACAUAACCAUGUGUUAAAUAUGUUUAAACAUUCUAUGGACUUUCUGCCAAGAUACACAGUUCUUCUACUGUUGCAUGGUGUUCAAUAUGCCUAAUUUUCUAUGUGUAGGAACACAAUGUGAGCAUAGUAUCAGUUACAUAAACGUUAUGAAACUGCUUUCUGUCAGUGCAUUGUUCGACUUUGAAUUCCUAUUUUGUGUUUCCUAACAGAUGGAGUUGGAAGGAAGUUUGUAUUCAGAUCAUGAGCUUCGGCUUAUGGAAGAUGAAGCACGCCUUAAGAGGAAACUGUCAAAUACUUACGAUUCUGAUGAAGAAGAUGAAGAUAAUGAAAUUGUAAUGGGUCAAGAUCUUGAGGAUAUGUGGGAACAGAAAAGUAGACAAUUCAAAACUGCACCACUAGUAACAGGUACCUCAAUUUUGUUUGUAAAUAUAGUACUUUUUUUUUUGUUUUGUUUUUUUUAUUCCAUGUAAAUGUACUUUUGGUUGCUUGCAAUUUUGUUUUAUCUCACCCCAGUAAAUACUGUAAAAAACUUUGUACUAGGUUAAAUCACACAGAGCAGUUAAAACAUACUCUUAAAGUACUACGCAAGACACCAUGACGACUUCUCAGUGAAAGAUCAGACAUCCUGCAGACUUAACAUUUAGGCAGUGACUGCCCAGAGCAAGGUCUUGACGUUUAGGGGCAUUGUGGCAAGGGGGCAGCGUGUUUGGCUUCACAACUCCCAGAAGAAAGUUCACCUGGAAAACCAGCAGGCUAUUAUUCCUCUCUCUCUAUUUUUUUUUUAUUUAUUUAUUUAUUUUUAUUAUUAUAUAUGCUGUAUAAAAGUAGCAAAUGAGUUUAUGUGCAACAUGACUGAUAGGUCUGUCAAACUAGCAGCUAGAAAUAUGGGGUUAUCCUCUGCUUACAGAAGAGACAUCUGGUUGAAGUCGUGGUCAGUGGAAACGACAUCUAAGAAUUCACUCUGGGAACUUCCUUUCAAGAAGUGCAAGGACUUCAGUAGAACUCUGAAAGAAUUGCCAAAUUGCCAAGAUGGAACACAGACUAUUAUUAUUAUUAUUAUUAUUAUUAUUAUUAUUAUUAUUAUUAAAUUUUUAUAGCACCAACAAAUUCCGCAGCGCUUUACAAUGAGUGGACUAACAAACAUGUAAUUGUAACCAGACAAGUUUGUCGCACAGAAACAGAGGGGUUGAGGUCCCUGUUCAAUGAGUUUACAUGCUAGAGGGAGUGGGGUAAAGUGACACAAAAGGUAAGGGAAGUAUUAUGGAAGUAGAAUAGUAUUCAAUGAAGACUCAGUGAGGUUUUUUUGGGAGUUAUUAACAGUUUAAUUGAUAUGCUAUUGUGAAACCGAGAUAGUACCCAUGGUUACAAACAAGACAAGGAAUAAGGUCUGGUGGGAGGAUGGCAUAUCUAUACACUAUUGCAAGACUACAUGGAGAUUUUGCGGGUUUUGUAAUAAAUUGAGAAUCGAAAGCCUUUACACAAGUCAAGGCUCAUCCUUUUGACACCUCAUCAGCCCCAAGAUUUUUCCUGAUUUUUCGCAGCAUUACCUUUAUUCCCUACUUACUUAUUAAAUAUUAUAUUUUUAGUUUGGUGUGUAAGGAGGGAAGUUAUUCUGUAGGUUGAAUGGGAUCUAGUUUUUCUACCUGUCCAGAGUGCAGGGGAGUACUGUCACUAAUAAGGAAAAAAAGAAUAAACGUCUACACAGUUUAGUGUAUAAACCCAAUGUGGUAAACAUGUUUAAUCUCUGCUUAUUUGUGAGUAGUAAUCUGUAGCAUUUCUCUAUUACAGAAACUGAUGUGAAAAAUGACAAGUCUUCGUUGAAUAGGAAACUCGAAAAUAAUCUCGUUCUUUUGGUAAAAGAAAAAAUUGGCAGUGAAGAAAUUUGGAUGUUCCCCCAGGUGGCGUGGGAGUGUGGAGAAACUAUGAGGCAGACUGCAGAAAGAGCCAUAGCUAAUUUAUCAGGUAGUUUUUAAGUUGUUGAUUUUUUGUUUCCUGUUAGUGUGAACAUAUUUAACCCCUUAAGGACGGAGCCAAAUGUACACAUUGUGAACAAAACAAAAUGUAAACAAAACCUGGCAUUUGCGCUACAUGUCUGUCCAACCGUAAUACACCUCUUUCAUAGUAAAUGCACCCACCCUUAUUAUAUAUCAUUUUAUUCAGGGGAAACAGGGCUUUCAUUUAAUAUCAAAUAUUUAGCUAUGAAACAUAAUUUAAUAUGAAAAAAAUGGGAGAAAAUAAGAUUUUGUUUGAUUUUUUUAGUUCUACAUGACAUUUUAACGGUCAAUGUCAUAAUACUGUUUGCUUUUACUGCAAUAAAAUACACAUAUUUAUAUUCAGUAAAGUCUCACGUGUAAGACAGUACCCCCUAUGUACAGGUUUUAUGGCGUUUUGGGAAGUUACAGGGUCAAAUAUAGCAGGUUACAUUUGAAAUUGAAAUUUGCCAGAUUGGUUACGCUGCCUUUGAGACUGUAUAGUAGCCCGGGAAUGAAAUUUACACAUAAUGGCAUACCAUUUGCAAUAGUAGACAAUGUCCAGUUUUUUAGUAGCCAUUUGGUCAAACACUGGCCAAAGUUAGCGUUAGUAUUUGUUUGUGUGUGAAAAAUGCAAAAAAUGCCAAUUUUGGCCAGUGUUUGUGACUAAGUGGCUACUAAAAAAGACUGGACAUACCCUGUUUGCAAUACCUUGGGUUGUCUACUAUUGCAAAUGGUAUGCCAUCAUAGGGGUAAUUUUCAUUCUUGGGCUACCAUAGGGUCUCGAAGGCAACAUAACCAAUCUGGCGAAUUUUAAUGUGAAAAAACUGAAAUGCAAGCCUUAUAUUUGACGCUGUAACUUUUGAAAACACCAUAAAACCUGUACAUGAGGGGUACUGUUGUACUCGGGAGACUUCGCUGAACACAAAUAUUUGUGUUUCAAAACAGUAAAAAGUAUCACAGCAAUAAUAUUGUCCGUGUAAUGCUGUUUGUGCGUGAAAAAUGCAAAAAACGUCACUUUUACUGGCGAUAUCAUCGUUGUAAUACAUUUUACUGUUUUGAAACACUAAUAUUUGUGUUCAGCGAAGUCUCCCGAGUAGAACAGUACCCCCAUGUACAGGUUUUAUGGUGUCUUGGAAAGUUAUAGGGUUAAAUAUAGUGCUAGCAAAUUAAAUUCCCUUUACUUUCGGCAUGGGUUGUCAGGCAGGUCCCGCUAAUUGUAAUUAAUUAAGAUACCUAAUUAUGUAAAAAUAUUACAUAAAUAUAUAUGAAGAAUUAAUAUAUGUAUAUAUAUAUAUAUAUAUAUAUAUAUAUAUAUAUAUAUAUAUAUCUAUAAUAGCUUUUUAAAAAUAUUUUUAUUUAUAUAUAGGUAUAUAUAUAGUGAUAUAUACAUAUAUAUUUAUGUAUAUAGAUAUAUAUAUUAUUUCGUUCUCUAUGUAUUUUGAUAUAUAUAUAUAUAUUAAUUUCACAAAACUAAUAGAACUAAAUACAUCUAUAUAUUUUUUAAUUAUUUAUUUUUAAUUAUUUUUUAAUUUUAUUUUUUAACGAUUUAUAUUUUUAUUUUUUUAUAUUAUAUAUAAAUAUAUAACAAUAAUUAUAUAUAUAUUUAAUCAGUAUCAGUCUACGUGUAAUUUGAUAUUAAUAUAUAUAUAUAUAUAUAUAUAAUAUAUAUAUUAAUAGUAAAAUACACCUAGACGGUGUAUGUGUGUGUAUGUAUAUGUGUAUAUAUAUAUAUAUACUUAGAUCAUAUGUAUAUAACAUAUACAUAUGAUCUAAGUAUAUAUUAUUUAUUUUUUACACUGAUUAACUUUUUUUAAUUUUAUUUUCAGCCAGCAGGGGGACCACCUGUCAUUACAGGCAGCCCCCCUGCUGGCAAUGCAGAAGCCAGCUAUCCCCGGCCAUGUGAUUGUGGGGUCCUCGCUAGGACCCCACUCUCACAUGGCCGGGGGGCUUCGACGAGGACGGACGUGCCGCGGGGGGCUCCCUGGGUAAGUUAACAAAAACCGGAGGGCGUACAAUUACGAGGGCGUAAUUGUACGUCCUCCGGUUUUAAGGGGUUAAAUUGUGUAAUGUUUGUUAAAUGGAUGCUAUAAUGUAAAUAAUACAAGCAUGUAUUCCUAACACUAUAGCUUCCUCUGAUAAUGUGUAAAAGGCCAACUAGAGGAGUGCAAAGUUGUAAUAAUUGUCAAGAGUACUGGGUUGAAAAACGUCUGUAGCCAUUAUAGUAUUUUGGGUGUUCCUGUAGCAUGCAGAUUGUGGUGAGAUCGGCCUGAUAUAUGAUAAAGAUAAAAUAUACUUUUUCCCUUCAGAUUAGAGGCAGUGCUUUACAACUGGGAUUUCAUCACCUGGAGGGAAAAAACAGGCAGACAAUCUCCCAAACUUUUCAAGAAUCUCCCCCAAAUAACCUUUGGCCUUAUAAAUUGCUUCUUACCCAAGACAUCCCCAGUUCUUUGCCUGCCUCUGGCAGAAGAGGGUGUCAGGUUUUCUCCCUAGAAGUAUGGUGAGAGGGCUGAGGCUCUGGAAGCUCUACUUCUUUUAAAUAAAUUUUUUAGAGAUCAGCCAGGGAUAACACACCCGAUGGCUGUAUUUCUCCGGGUUGUAUUAUUUCCGUCUAUACCGAGCCAGGUGCCGGGCAGACGAUGGUGUGCAUUUGGACACUAGCUGGGAAGUCCUGGCGGUGGAACACUCGUACAGGAAACGCGAAAAUGCAGAACAUGCGUAAUGCGAUUUAAAAUUCUGUCGCCAAUAUCUUUAUUAUUGUUUCUCUCUGGGGUCAAGAUAUUGGUUUCCAGGAGUUAGAGAGGCUGUUUACCCAGCAGCAACUAACUGUUGCCAGGUGCACUCAGAAUCUGUUGCAAGUGUGUUCUCACCAACCUCCAACACAUUCUGAGGACAUUUAACGUAAGCCUUUUUGCUUUAUCAUAAAUGACUCUAGCCUGAAUAAGUUAAUUAUCUGUGCUGCAAGAUGGAUAAACUAAAAAAGCGCAAAUGUUUCUAAGUUGGAGAGUUUUUAACUUCUCAUCACUUAAAGAUUAUUACUAAAAUCUUAAAACAAAUCGUGCUUUGAAAGGGUAAGUAGAUCGGGCCCGAAAUAGAUUAUUCUUUGAGUAAAGCCUAUAAGGGUAUUAGCAUAUACCUUUACAUAAUUCUAUUGGGAAAAUGUAAGUUUCCUUUCUGACUCAAAAUAGCUGCUACUCAGUGAUUAGUUAAUAUGGGUUUCAAUAAUCACUAAUUGCUGCAACAAGGUCAGCAAUUAAAGUGAUGUGUUUGAUGGAAAUAUUCACAAGAGCAAGACCUGUAUGACUAUUGGAGGAUUAUCCUCUGUAUGUUAUCCUUAGGAGGCUGAUAUUUAAAAUCUGGUUUUGGUUAAGUUAAUAUACUGUUGUAGCAGAUGCAUUCUUUAAAUGCCAGGAUCCUAGCCACAGUGUUUAUUUUCUUAAAUACGCAGUAAGCUUUUAGCAAUUGUUGUAGACAAAGCUCUGUUGCAAUUAGCAUUCUCACCACCUCAACUAGUUUCACCUGAUAUCAGUUUCUAAAAAGGCUGGGGCAGAACUUUUCCUGUGCUUCACUCCAUGGUUGCACAUUUUAUGUUUUAUCUUAAAUUCCAAGUCCUAUGUUGUCAGAUAGGUUUGAGUUAACUGACUGUUGGAAUGGUAAUUUUAAAGAAAAUGCUUCCUAAUAUUGGUUCCAGAGUUUUCAUCAAACAGGUUUUAGAUGCAGUUGCAGCUAUUCUGUCUGCUCUAGCCUCUGUUUCCCACAUACGGCUAAGGAAAGCCUCUAUCAGGUAAGGCUGUUGGUUGGAAUUGCAAUUUUAAAGAAUUACUUCUAAUAUUGUUUCCUGCAGAGUUUGCAUCAAACAGGUUUUGAAAUGCAGUUUGCAGAUAUUCUUUCUGCUCUAGCCUCUGCUUCCCAAUUACGGCUAAGGAAGGCCUGGAUCAUGGGUAUUGUCUAAUGCUGACUGUAUAUCUAUGUAAUCAGUCUCGCUUCCGCCAAUUAAGAUGGUAACCUCUAUGAACUAGUCUCCAUGGAAAAUAAUUUCUUCCUCAUGUUACUGGGCUUGAAGCAAGUUCUAGUACAGCUGCAAGCCUAUUGAUCAAGGUGUAGUUCCACCAGGUUCAAUUUGUUCCCUGCACUGUAAUAGAUACGAUAUGACUGGGAUGGUUUACUGCCUAGGUUUGUCUGCAGUUUUCUUUUAAGAAAAUGCUUAUGGUAAUUGCCACUUGAGAUUUGUUGCCAUCCAUAAAUUUGUUGAAUCUCUACAAUACUGCUUCCUCAGGGGCACCUAAUUAAUUUUUGUACACCAGCCCCAAAAGGUUAGGGUGUUUCUACAGCAGACAGGUGGAUGCUAAUCAAUCUUCUGAUAUAGAAUUCCCUUUUCAAGAAGUGUGCAGUUCUAGUGUUUGUCAAGGAACAGUUGAGGUGUAAAUAUUUUGUCAAGUGUUUUUUGACUCUCAGAGAAUGGUAAUUCCCUGAAGAAAAAAAUCGUGGUUCUCUCUGUCCUUAUCACCUGAAAUCUCAAUUCUACUUCAGUAGACAAGAUACUAGGGAAAUAAUAUUGGUUCCCGUCUUGUAGGAACCUGCUUGGUCUCUUUAGCUUCUUUAGGCAUAGCACCGUUUACAGGUCCUUCAGUGGCCAGAUACAGUUGCUAAUAAGAUUUUGCAGUAAAAUACUAUACUUCGGUCAUUCCUUUCUGAACCAGGCAGAAAUGAGGUUGCCAGACGGUUCUUACUCUUUGUUCUAGUUCUCAAAUCGAUCGUUCAGAAUUUUAUGACUGAUGCUUCAGGUCUCAGCUAGAUUCUCAUAGGGUUGAAGGGAAAUUAGCUGAGAUAAUUUGUAAAAACUUAUCCAACUACAUAGGACCGAAGGCUAUCUGGCUAGUUCUCUUUGCCUUUCAGAUAAAGACCAGGUAUUAUCUUAUCCAGAUCUGCUCAGAUAGUUCUACAUCGGUAGCAAUUAUGUACAAACAAGCUCAUCUUGUUUGAAAAAUCUUGUUCCAGGAUAUGCUUGGGUUAGUUUUCUUAGGUCUAUUCACUUUGGUUUCCUUUUUUCUUGGGAAUUCCAGUCUAACCUAUAGUUUCCUCCUGGUUCCCUAUUCCCCAAGACCCUAUAGGAUGGAAAAGGUGAGAAUGAUAGUCUUCCUCCCUUGGGGACAAGUAGCUGUUUCACCGUUCAAAAUUAUCCGGAGGAAUCUUUGGGGACCUUACCUGUAAAUAGGCAUCCUGGAAUUCUCAAGGGUACCGCAUUAUUUUUCUAACUUUUCCCAACAGCGUUCUAGGGUCUUGGAAUUCUAAUUCCACUACCUGGGUGUUUAGUUCUCGUCUACGUUACCAUAAAGGUCUGCAUUCAUUUUGUUUUUUUCUCAUCUAACACCUAUCUCCAUUGAAGAUCCUUCGAUCACAGUUAUGUUCAGAUCGGUUGCCUGAGGGCUUCUGCUAUACAUUCUCUCGAUUUCCUAACAGCCACGAGGUGAUCUCUUCACUCAAUUAUUUCUGUUGAUCUUGGAAGAUACAACUUUGGUUGCAGGGUUUUGCAGUGAGAACUGAAUCCCGCCCUAAGGGAUUGCUUUUGGAGAUCCCAGUUGUAAAGCACUGCCUCUAAUCUGAAGGUAAAAACAAAAAUGUUUUACUUACCGUAAAUUUAUUUUUCCAGAAGACUAGAGGCAGUGCUUACUUCCCCCCCAAAUUUGUUCAUAGUCUGAGUGGUACGGUUAUUCUGCUUUUGUAAUUUCUGGGGAUGUCUUGGGUAGGAAGCAAUUGAUAAGGACAAAGGUUAAUUGGGGGAGGUUCUUGAAAAGUUUGGGAGAUUGCCUGCCGGUUUUUUCCCUCCAGGUGAUGAAAUCCCAGUUGUAAAGCACUGCCUCUAAUCUUCUGAAAAAUAAAUUUACGGUAAGUAAAAAUGUUUUGUGUUUUUUUUCACUAGAAUGUAAAUAGUUUGAAAUCCAAAGUCCGAUUCAUUUUCUAGGCUUAAGUAACAGAAUUGAACAAAUUUUCAAAAUCUGUUAAGUACAACCGUUUAGACUUAAAUAAAGAAAUUUAUCCAACAAUUCACAAUAACUCUCUAAAUGGUAUAGUUGGUCAUCUCUGACACGGUGAAGGCUAAAUCUCACAGAAAGGUUGAAUGUAAGCAUCUUGGUAUAUUUUAUAUAAUUUUAUUAAAUUUAGACACUUUUGUGCCAAGGUUCAUUUUCAGUUACAUGUCAAUAACUAAAGAGAAACUGCCACUUCCAGAUUUUUUAAUAUUAUGUUUAUCUCUGUUGUUUUGUAAGUAUGUUUUGUGUGGUGUAAAAAAAUUAAAAAUAAAUUAGAAGUGUUAUUUACUACAUGGAGAAUUUCAACUGAAUUUCAAAUUUAAGGCAAAAGUGGCAGAGCUGGAAAAAUAUCUGACUUAGAAAAUUUGUAUAGUUUGGCUAAUUUGACCUUAAAUUUGAAAUGUACUUUGAAUUCUCAUUUUAGUGAAAAUCCAUGUAAACGUAGAAAUCCACAUCUUUUUAUCCUGCAACUGGACACCUGCAUCUUUGUUUAGUUAAGAGCUCUUAAUAUUAUUGAAGUGGUCUGAGUUCCCUGUCCUCUUAGCUCUGCAGCUGCAUACAUUGCAGUUUCUUUGUAUUCCUAAUAGUAAAGUUUUCCUUUAAAAUAUAGCAGGCCAUCUCAUGUAAAAAAGGUUUACUCCAACCCUUUUGGAAGCUGGCUGCCUUCUGUGUAGAAUUCCUUUUUGGCUACUAUAAAUAAGGUACUGCCUCCCUCUGUUUGCCCUGUAACCUUCUCCCGGUGCUGACUUCCACGCCCAUUCUUGACGUGAUGUCAGCCAGAAGCCUGUGAUUGGACCAUUUUGCAGGCUCAGAGCAUAUGUGCGAAAUCUCCGUCAGGGAGGGUAAUUUUAUUGGGUUGAAGGGGUGGGAGGAAAGGGAAAACUUAAAGGACCACUCUAGGCACCCAGACCACUUCAGCUUAAUGAAGUGGUCUGGGUGCCAGGUCCAGCUAGGGUUAACCCAUUUUUCAUAAACAUAGCAGUUUCAGAGAAACUGCUAUGUUUAUGAAUGGGUUAAGCCUUCCCCCUAAUCCUCUAGUGGCUGUCUCAUUGACAGCCACUAGAGGCGCUUGCGUGCUUCUCACUGUGAUUUUCACAGUGAGAGCACGCCAGCGUCCAUAGAAAAGCAUUGUAAAUGCUUUCCUAUGAGACCGGCUGAAUGCGCGCGCAGCUCUUGCCGCGCGUGCGCAUUCAGCCGGCGGGGCGUAACGGAGGAGGAGAGGAGGCAGAGAGCUCUCCGCCCAGCACUGGAAAAAGGUAAGUUUUUACCCCUUUCCCCCUUCCAGAGCCGGGCGGGAGGGGGACCCUGAGGGUGGGGGCACCCUCAGGGCACUAUAGUGCCAGGAAAACGAGUAUGUUUUCCUGGCACUAUAGUGGUCCUUUAAUGCAUCUAUUGCCAAUGUGCUGUGCGUGCUGACGAAUGAUGUACUUUAUGCACAGAAUUUACAGUAGCCUGGAACUCCGGCUCUAUCGUAAAAUUACUGAAAUGGUCAUGAUGGUUGGAAUAAUCCUUUAACAAAAGUAAUAGGGGAUUUUCAAUGUUUUACUCAAUAGUGUAAAUUCCAGAGAAGUUGCAAUUCCCCAUAAAGCAUAUCGUUUUUUUAGAAACUUACUAUUAUAUAUAUUAACAGUGCUUUGUAUUUAUUUUUUUUUCCCUUCUUCUUAGAUAACCGUAUUAAGGCACACUUCUUGGGAAAUGCUCCAUGUGGUUUUUACAAAUACAAAUUCCCAAAGUCUGUCAGGACAGAAGAUAAUACAGGAGCCAAAGUAUUUUUUUUCAAAGCUUUACAUAAAAGUGGAGAUUUGUCUGCAAUAAAGAAAGGAGGAGACUAUGUUUGGGUUAGCAAGGACGAACUCAAAGAUUAUUUAAAACCAGCAUAUCUCUCUGAAGUUCAGAGAUUUGUAAUAGAAUUAUAACACAUACUUAUAUGUAUAAUUGUAUUAAAUGUUUUGUUCAUCUGUUAUUGCAUGGCUUUUUUUCUGCUUCCUUGGUGGUUGCUACAAAUAUAACAUUCUUCCUAUUUUUAUAAAUCUGUGUAUAUGUUUCAUUUUGCAAGUUUGAGUUAAAAAUAAAUUUCGCAAAUAUUAAAACAGGUUCAGGGUUUUGAUUAAAAGAAAAUGCCCCCAAU